CACCGUAUCACCCUGCAUAAAGAGCUCCGGCCGCUCGGUGAGGAGGUUAUCUCGCAACCAGAACAGCAGUCGUCCCAAGGUCCCUGCGGCGUUCGCAUGGCGAAUUGACGACGGAGGCGUGUAACAUUGAUCGUAUCGUGCAAUCUUGACUUAACAAGCGGCAUACUUACAGUCGUCGCCAGCUUUCCACGAUGUCGGAGAACAGCGAGCAUUCGCCUGACGACACCGAGGCGGAAACAAAGGCGACGGAGGAUGUGCCCAACGAUUCGUCCAAGAGCGAAACGAAAUUAAUGAUGGAUCAAACAGACACGGCGCUGCUGGAGGAUGAGGAAAUGCCGACGUACAUUAGCGUGUCCAGUGUUUCCAGACGCGACGACUCGUCGGAAGUUGCGAACGCGAAACAGCCGGAAAAUAUGCCCAUGGAGGAGGAACGUAGCCCGAGCCCUGAUCACAGCGAUGAUCAAGAGGCGAGCAGCAUAUACGUAUUAUCAUCUGGAGAGGAAACUGAUCAGCAUCCCUACAAUGAUGAGGAUGACGAAGAUGAAUAUGGGGAUAGUGAUGAUAUGGAAAACUUGGAGCUUGACAAUGAUUCGGAUCCAAAUCAUCCAAUUAAUAUAAAGCAUAAUAUAUUGGAUGAGGAAGAUGACGACGACGAUGAUGAUGAUGAUGAUGAUGAUGAUGAUGAAAAUCCUAGACGAAUGCAUAAUGAUGAGGAAAUAGAUGACGAAUAUUAUGACAGAGUAUCUGCUGAUGUAGUUUUGAACAAGAGAUUAAGAAGACGUGACAAAGAAAAAAGUUCUUCUCUUCAAGAUUUAAACAUCUACAGGAAUAAUAUGUAUAAUGAUGUUAUAAAGAGGAAACAAAUAGCUCUGAUGAAAGGUAAUUAUUUGAACAUUCCAGAAAACAUAGUGAUGUCUCAUAUUUCACAAUCACGUAGAAAGCAACUAGUGCCAGAAAAAUAUCACCAUGUGCAAAGCAAAGUCAAGCUUUAUAUACAAGAUAUAAAAGAACAAAAUAGACGCUCUGUGGAAAAGCACACAAAAGAGCGUGAAGAUGCAAUUCAUGAUAAAAAUAAUACUGAUCAUAAAAGCAAUGAUGCGGAUGAUGAUAAAAACAAUGAUAUGGAAGAGACAAAGCCUACAGUAACCAAUAGAACAAUAAAAAGUUAUGCUGAAAAAACAAUCAAGGAGUUAGAAAUUGCGGAAGCUUGCGAGAAGGGUAAAAUAACUUGCAACAUUGCGCCAAUAAUAUUAAACGGUCAAGAUAAUAAAAAGAACAACUUAAAAUCGGUACAAGAAGAAGAUAUAGGUGCACAGGUUGAAAUCCAAAUAAGUGCACCUUUUGAAUUAACGCAAGAUAAAAAAGAUAAUGUAAGCUCUGACGAUAAGAAACAAAAUGGGAUAACCGAAGUUGAUUUUACUGAAGGAGAAACACGGCAAUUCGGUGUUACCAUACAACCAUCUUUUAUUCAAAAUGGUCAUCAAGGAAUAUCACCAGUAUUUUCCAAUUUACGUACUUUAAGUUAUGAAGAAUAUAUGCGUGGUUCUUCGAAAUCUAGUCAGAAAACCGAUUUAAACCAAAAUGCAGCAGUCAUUGAACAAGAGCUUACUGUAUCUGUAACAUACAAUGAUGCAGAACCAAUGGAUGUAUCGAAGGUAGAUGACAAUGAUACAAUGUAUCCCAUAAGAAUCGAGGAUAUUAAGCACAUUAAUAUAAUGGAAAAUGAAGGAAAAAGUAAUGAUGAGAAAGUAACUUUUGAUAAAGCAAAGGAAGCAUUUAGUAAAACAACUUCGGAUCCUUCAGAAGUCAACGCAUUGAAAGAUCAGUUAAAUCAGAAAACUAUGCAAUACAACACCUUACGUGACACAUAUCAAAAACAGCUUGCAGAGAAUCUAAAAAUGAAACAGGAGCUGGAAGAGUUAAGGAAAUCUCUAGCAAAAUAUGAAAAGGGAAAUAAAUCUCCGGCACAGAAAGUUGCUUGCAUCCAAACGGAUUUGAUGAUUGAGAUGGAAGAUAGAACUUUGUUAGCCAAAGCGACUAAUGAAGAUCGUGAUCAAGCACAGUCUAUAAAUAUAAAGCAGCAUAACAAUAAAGUAUCAGGUAGUAGCGUUUCAACAUUAAGCUCUAUUGAGCAGUGGACUGAUAGUGCAUGUAAUUUAUCAGUAUCAAUGAAACCACCAGAGGCAAUUAAAACGUUACAUUCUGACGAUAGUAUAAUACUGACUGAUGGUACGCCAAGAAAAAAUACACGUACGUUAUCUCAUGCAUUUAUAACUUCAUCUCGAAUUUUACAAACUCUUUCAAAUAUUACACAAGGGAAAGCAAAACUAGAAAGUCCUUUGGUACAAAAUACGAAAAAAAGACUAAAUGAAAGUACAGUAAUGGAUUUGCAAAAUAAUGAUGGUAGCUGUCAAAGUCGACCUUCUAGUCCCAAAAAGAGGAAAAUUGCAGAUGUUUUAGGACCACCAAACUUUUUACAAAAUCUUAAAGUUUCCCAAGAUGCAGAAUUACAGUUAAAUGAAACUCCUAAUUCCGAGCAUCAAUUUAAGUAUGCAUAUGAUUUGGUAAAUGAGAGAUCAGAGUCACAAGAGAAUUCAUGUAAUAUUAACACAAGUCAAUUAGGAACUGCAACAUCUCUAGAAAAUAAAACCGAAAAUACUGAUGAUCCAGAAGACAAUGUAAAGUGCUUUGUAUAUCAUGAGAAUGAAAACAGUGCUGAACGUAGCUUUCUGAUCCAAGCGGAGCUGCCCGCAAAAGACAAGAUUGUUAAUGAUAAAGCACGCACGCGAGAAUGCGGUCCAUUCUUACUCGGUAAUGUAGAAGUAAGAAUGUCUGAAAUAAAUGGGACUAUCAAUAUUUGGGGUAAAGAAGUCAAUGACGAAUCCGUAAAUGAGAAUGACAACGACAUAGAAACAUUUACUAAAGUAAAAAAUGAUAAAAAGUGUUACUGCUGGCAAAAGACACGAUUCAACGGCAGCAAUAUAGUGUGUUCGUCAAGUAAAAAAUCAAAAAUACCAGCUAAAUUGGACUUGAGUUCAGCUACAUCUAAUAUUUCGUGUCCGCAUUCAAUGUCAUUUAAUCAUACGCCUAAACCACACUGUUCAAUGAGUAAAGCACAUACGGAUAGUGCAUGUAGUCCAAAUGUAUGCGUUUCCAUUUCUGAAGACUGUGAUUCCUCGAAACAUCGUAAAGAAUGGCUGAAGUAUAAACGAAUACAUCCCGAAGAAAAAUCACAUUCCUGCUGUACUCACCUACAAAACCUAGAGCAAAAAUGUAAUUGUCUUAUACACAAGGAAAAACAAAAGUUCGAGGAUAGUUGUAACUGUAGCAAAGAUAAAUGUGGCGUUAAUAAGGAACAUCGGCAAAGUUUUUCAAACGUUCCAACGCCUAACAAACAUUUAAAUGAAAAUGUUAACCCCACCGUCACAGAGGACAAUGAGCUUACAUGCGGCUACCAUACGCCAUGUCAUCACUCGCUACAUGAACCGAGGGAGCAUUGUUUAGAGGAUCAUAAACGUUGUAAUACAUCGAUGGAAACUUCCUCAUGCGAGCAAUUAAAAAUGAAUACAGAUCAAGAAUGUAAUGAAUCGUGUAAUUAUCAUUCUUCCAACAUAAAUGAGGAAGAACCAUUAAUAAUGCAUAAACAAUUCAAUGAGACUCCAGAGACACGACGACGUAAGUUAAACGGUAAAAGAGUGCGAAAUAUUUUAAUGGACUUUUUACGAGGAUGCGGAGAUUGUUAUAAUCCUAAUGCACCUAGUACUAGCAAAAGCUGCUCGCAUAAGAAGGAGGGACCUUAUUCAACGAAUUGUUCUCCCCAAAUCAAAAUUUCGCCGUGUGCAUCUGCAGAACCUUCAUGUUCGAAUCAAGGACAGUCUGCUGGAAGAUGUUGUCAUGCUUACGCACAGCGAAUUGAAUCUCAACUGGAAGAAUUCCGAGUGGAAAUGGAGAAAGUGCGAUCGCGUUCGGAUGCUAUUCUUAAUAUGCUCAAUAUGCUUCACACGGUGGACACGAAUUAACGGAAUUCAUCUGGAUGUUAACUAUAUCUAUAUCGCAUAUGUACAUAUAUCAUAUUCUUGUUUUAAUUUCUUUUUUGGUCGACUCUUACGUUACUAUCAUAUAUCAGAUUCUCAAACUUAUUUGCAUAUAAGAAACAUACAUAUAGUCGAUUUAUUAAAUAAAAUAUACAUCUAAUAAAACGCAAAUGUUUGCAACAGAUAUACGCAUAUCCAAUAGUCGUAUAUGCCGGUUUUUGGUUGAGAUUAGCACGUUCGUAAUCACGAUUCAUUUGGGAAAUCCGUUUCACAAUUCAUCCUGUAUUUCUUCUUAUGCAAUUGUAUAAAACAGACAAUUUGUUUAUAUAAAAAAAAAAUAGUCGUGAAAAAUGAUUGCGGAUGUAAGAAAAUGAUCGCUGUCAUAUAUGUGACAUAGACUGUGAUCAGUCACGCAUAUGUGUAACGCUGAUAGCGUGUGAACGUGUUAAUGUAUUAAAAUUAAUAAAUAACGGCUAUAUAUUGGCUUUAUAAGUUCCUUUUCUGAUUUAAAAAAUAUCAUUUAUAGUUUAUAUAUGUUUAUAAAAGAAACGACAGAGUAUGUAAGUUAUUUUUACAAAAUGACUUUGUCAAAUUGUGUCAGUAGUCAGUAUCGUAUGAAAUAAAAAUGUGCGCAACCAGAAUAUAUGCGGUAAUACGUGGCAAUUUAUUAUCGUAAAAUUCGUUAUGUUGAAUUAAAAUAUAAUAUUAUGUUGAAAAUCA